UGAUACACAGACCCCCUAACAUGUCCUGCUCAUAACAUUUUCAGAAUCUGAUACCAUUUUUGGUGCAGAGCUGGGGAACAUGGAGUGAGGUUCAGAGCUGUGAGAGGGAAUGUGGUGGUCAUUGGAGCAGCACAGGCGGUGUGGGGAUUGGGAGAGUGCAAGCUGUGGGUUCUGCCCCUUUGCUGUUGUGCUUUGGUAUAGCUACUGCGGGCCCAGUGCACCCCUAUACAAUGAUCCUUAGUAAUGGAAGGAAUCCUCCAAAGACAAAAUUUUGGAAAAUUCAGUUUGAUGCUAGAGCUUUGGAGAAGAAUUGGAUCACUUUUCUGUGACCCUUCAAUAGAUAAGUGAUCAUCCUCAAAGGGAACUCAGGUUUCUGAGAGAGCAGAACCAUAAAUUGGAAAAACAGGGCAGCUUCCCCCUUGAAGUGAUAUGAGAUAUUUGGAAGGGAAGAAAAAUGAAGCCAUAUAUGCCCCCCCUUCCCCUACAAAUGCCCCUCACCCAGCAAUUCCUCCCCAUGGCUGCUCCACCAGGCUGAGGUAGAUGACUCAGCAGCUCCCCUUCCCUCCACUGCUCCCCAAUCAGGGGAAGGAACCCAGAACUUCCCGCUGCCUACAGGGGUAGGGAAGAGGCUCCUGGCUCCUCUUUUGCCCCCUCCAAUUACUACUGCUUCUAGAGCAAAAGGGGAGGCUGGAGCAGUGGAUGAAAAGAUGGAGUAGGGAGGAGGCGUUUAGAGUUAUUAGAAACUGGGAAACUUUGGGGAAAGGAGGAGCCUAUACAGGAAGGAUGAGCCCCACAUAAAUCAAAAUGUAACCAGAUUGCUGGGAUGUAAAGUUGACAAUUUCUGUUUCAGUGACACUGAGAUGAAAGUUUCUCUGCACCCCCUCGAUGUUCUCUGUGGUGUUCUGCUUUGCUCAGACAGUUUCCUACAGCAGGAGAUCCUGUCCAAAAUGUCCAUGUGCCAGUUUGUCCUCCCCCUGCUGCGACCCACCCUCGACACCCCCAAGUGCACCCUAAUACUGUUGGCCAUGAGGGACAUUGUGCGGAAGUGGAGGCCACACUCCCUGGCAGAGAGCAGAGGGUUCAGAGAGGAGAGCCUGGUGCUCACGUCAAUGCCAACCAUUUCUUUUGUGCGGAUGGGGAGCUGCAGCUUCUCCAAGUCCAAACUCCUCAAUGAGGUUCUCAGUCCCUACCAGCAGCACCACGAUUUCUUUAUUUCUAAAUAUUUCUAAAUAUUACUUCAUCCUCAACUGCAAGAAUAAGAAACCCAAAGAAACUCUGGGAUUUCUUAAUAAGCUGGCCUCAGUGUUGAAGCUGAGCAAAUCACAGCUACUGGUGAAAGAUCGUACCAUGAAUAAUGCAGGAUUUGUGAAAAAGGUGCAGUCCACCAUAGGAACCAUAGUGAAUUCAUCUCCCAAGACAGUGAGUUUGGAAGCCAUGGCUGUGACGGCACGUGACCUAGGAAUCCAGGUGGAUGAGGACUGUCAGGCAUGUCAGUGUGCGAGGAAAUAUACUGAAGAAAUCACUGCAGAAAAGAGAUACAAAAGAGAAAUGCUGAGACUCCAAAGGGACCCAUGGAAAAACUUGGCUAAAGUGGAAAAAGAGAUGUGCCGAAUGAAAAGGCAAGGGGACGUGGCCACUGAAGACUAUAAAUCUGCGCUGAAACAGAAAUGGUUAGAGAUACGCAGACAGCAGAAUCAGUGUGACCUUACUAAUGGUUUGACUAAGUUUAUCAAUGGAAUAGUACAGUUGAAGCCAGUGGAGAAACAUUACUUUCUGAAAUGGAUGAAAUUUAGCCUGGAUAAUAUUGCUAGGGCGAAUCUUUCUAAAAUGCGGGCAGAGUAUAAAGAGAAAUGUGAAACUCCAGGAGUGGACCGAAAACAGCUGGAGGAAUUAGAUAAAUUAAUAUCUGAUAGUUCCUUGGGGGUGGAGCAUUUCAUGCGUGAGUUGGGGCAGUUCUAUGAAGCUGAAUGCUCAAUGGUUAAAGAAGGGAAAAUGGAAGAAAGCCAAAGACAAUUCUCCCAUCUCCCAGGCACAGCAGCUGACCUGAUGCUGGAAGGGUUUCCUGUGGAGCUGAUCGAUGGAGAUGCCUCCAACAUCCCCAUGAACUGGGUAGUAGAUGUUCUAACUCAUCUCCAUAGCAGACUAGGGGACAGAUCCAGAAUGGUGGUUCUAACAGUGCUGGGAGUGCAGAGCACUGGGAAAUCCACCCUUCUCAACACCAUGUUCGGCCUGCAGUUUGCAGUGAGCAGCGGUCGAUGUACGCGAGGAGCCUUCAUGAUGCUCAUUAAAGUUACAGAAGCUGCUCAGGAGCUGCUUGGCUGUGAUUUCAUCCUGGUGAUAGACACUGAAGGUCUGAAGGCCCCUGAACUAGCAGCACUGGAAGACAGUUAUCAACAUGACAAUGAGCUGGCCACCCUGGUGAUUGGACUGAGUGACAUCACCAUCGUUAACAUGGCCAUGGAGAAUGCCACAGAAAUGAAGGAUGUUCUGCAAAUUGUGGUCCAUGCAUUUCUCAGAAUGGAGGAAAUAGGACAACACCCAAACUGCCAGUUUGUGCACCAGAACGUCAGUGAUGUGUCCGCUCAUGAUCAAAACAUGAGGGACAGGAAACACCUCCUGGAGCAGCUGAAUGAAAUGACCAAAGCUGCAGCAAGGAUGGAAAAGCAAAGCAGGGAAAUGGCAUUUUCUGAUAUUAUGGAGUAUGACCCAGCAAAACACAAUUGGUACAUGCCUGGCUUGUGGCAUGGAGUCCCUCCCAUGGCUCCCGUAAACAUUGGAUACAGUGAGAGUGUGUGCGAGCUAAAGAAAUACCUGUUUGAAUUCAUUGAGAACCGUUCACGGAAAAGAGCUGGAAAGAAUAUUCCUGAUUUUAUUGAAUGGUUGAAGAGCCUGUGGAAGUCAGUGAAACAUGAGAACUUCAUCUUUAGCUUUAGAAACAGCCUUGUAGCUGAAGCCUAUAACCUGCUGUCUAUGAAGUAUUCUGAAUGGGAAUGGGGUUUCCGCAAGGAGAUGUAUCUCUGGGUAUCUGAAAAAGAAACUUUUAUCCAGAAUCAGCUGCCAGAGACACUAGAGGGUGAUCUCUUACACAGCGUAAAAAUGGAAGCACAAGGGAAACUACAGCAGGGAGAAGAGAAGCUCUUGAAUAACUUAGAACAGUAUUUUAAAGGUGAAGCUCCAAAUUUGAACCUGAUAGAAAAGUACAGAGAAGAUUUCAAAAGGAGCGCAAAUAGCCUCAAAAGAGAACUUGAAAAUAAUUCAAUCAGUAACUGUGAGGAAGCAAUUCGAAUACGAAGAGGACAGCACAAGAUAGACAUUAUCCAGUCUGGGUACAAGCAGAAAAUUGAAGGGAAAGUUGACAGACUCUUGGCUGAAUGCCGAAACAGAGAAGAUAAACUAGACCAUGAGAAACUGAAAAAAGAAUUUGAAACGAUGUGGCGAGAAACCUUGUCGGAGUUAACACUCUGUACUUUACAGAAACGUCAAGUUGUUCAAGAUAUGGAUCUCCAGCUGAGAAAGGAUCUGGAGCAUGGAGGGGGUGCUGUCGGACAGAUACUACAACAGGCAAAAAGCCCUGGGUACGGAAUGAAGUCUUUCAAAAUGAAGAAGGAAUACUUAAACCUAAAAUGGAGCAGAGCAGUUGUAGAAUACUUCUCACAGGAAUAUUACUGUAAAACUGAAGAGCUUGCUAGAUCUUUCAUGAAUGAAUGCAAAAAAUACAUUGAAGAAAAAGUUAAAUCCAAAACAGACUAUGAUGAAACCUAUUGCGGAGAACUGCUGCAUAUGGUUAAUGAGAGGUUAAAAGAGGAGGAUAUUGAGAAACUUCACACUUCUCCUUUGUUUGAAGUUGACCUGAAGCUUCACAUUUUGGGGGAAGCGGCUUGUGCAUUUCAAAAGCUGCACGAAGAUUUUGUCAAAGAAAACGAUCCUCAGCAACGUCUGGAGAAGCUGAAACCUCAGUAUUUCUCCCUGUUUAUGGAUCUCUAUUUGGAAAAGGAUGAAAGCCAAACAAGGGCGAGGGAUUUCUGUGAUCAGUGUCUCAAACCUGCCCUGGUAGACUAUGUGUACAAGGUACUUGGAGUGCAAAUAGUGGAUGACAUUCUCAGCAGUGAGCAAUCCAUUACAUACACGAACCGGAGCUUUUUUCAGUUUGAGCUACUGAAGACGCUGUUGAAGGAGAGCAACUUUGACAACUAUGUGAAAUACAUUAGUACAUAUGAAGAUUUUGUCCAAACCUGGAUAAGGAGUCAGCUUUUGGAACGCUACAGCAAGAUGAAAGACUUGGGAGACAUCGAGAAAAAGAUUCUGUCCCCAGUGAUAGAUAAAGUCAGGAAGGCUCUUAAAUGUACCAGUGUUACAGAGAAAAACACAGUCUCGGACUUUUUAGAUUCUGUUUGCAAAGAGCUGCAGACGGACCUAGUCAGUUCCAGGGAUAAUUUAGUGGGGAUACGGUUUAUAAAUACAGCAAGUAUUAAAGAAUUUUCUGAUUUUAUACCAACUUUACUUCCUACUCUGGAACAUCAAAUCUUAGCUGAACUGAAAAGUAUAGAAGUUGAAUCAAAACUCUCUAAACUGUCACUGAAGCCUGUGGCUGAAAUCUUCAAGCAAGUGUUUGGCUGUGGGAAGCAGUGUCCAUUCUGUAAGGUCCCCUGUGAGGCAGGAGCCCCUAGUCACAAGCAGCACUUUGCAUCAGUGCAUCGCCCUCGAGGAUUAGGGCAAUACAGGUUUCUGUGUAAUAAAAAGCUUGUCUAUGACAUAUGCUCCUCUGCUGUAAUUGGCAAUGGUACAUUCCAAAAUUCAGACACGAAGUGGAUUGCUCAUCCCUACAAAGAGUAUCUGAAGUAUUACCCAGACUGGAGCAUUCAGCCAGAUCCCAGCAUAGAAGCUUCUAGUUACUGGAAGUUUGUUUUUCAGAAGUUCAAUCAGGAGUUUGCGAAAUAGUAUAAUGCUCUACCAGCUGAUCUCCCAGAGGACUGGGGCACAAUAACUGAAGAUCAGGCACUGGAGAGCAUAAAGCAAAUUUUUAACAGGGAAUAAGCAAUUUACUGAGAGUCUGUUUACAUGACGCAGUGCUUGAGAUCCACUAAUACAUCACCAGGACAGAGCACAAACUCCAAUUGCAUUAAAAAUAGGAAAAACCUCUCAAAUGGAUACAGACUGUAAUAUAGUAAUUGAUUCUCUGUUAGAGCAACUUCCCAAUAGAAAAGCUAAUACAGGAAACUGCUUAACUCUGAGUUCACACUUACCUAGAGAUAUAUAUUAUUUACAAA